AUGAACGUUUGCAGUUCGCGAUAUUGCUAAUAUAACUUAAAUAUAGGUUAGAUGGUUCCAAUUCCAAAGAACAGGAUUUAAUGUCCAUUUUGUAAAACGACAUAUUACUGUUCUCAGAGAUGUAGAGAUAUCGACUGGACUUCUGGACAUAAAACCUCAUGCUUACCUGAGAAAAUGAUAAAUUCUUAAGAGAUUUCAAAUAGUGAUAAGGUUUCGACCUUAAGGCAAAUGAAGAGAACACCAGAGGAAUUUGAGUUAAUAUAUGAUUAUCCAUAAUUAGGAAAGGGUAGCUUUGGAGCAGUUAAAUUGGUUAAGGAUAAAACCAAUGAAUAAUUGUAUGCUAUGAAGAUUAUAAAUAAGAAAGAUAUAUUUGAGUAUUGUUCUAUUGAAAACCUAAAACGAGAGAUAAGAAUUCAACGCAAAUUAUAUCAUCCCAACAUUACUUAACUUUAUCAUUAUUUUGAAGAUAAGGAUCGUGUUUAUUUGAUAUUAGAAUAUGCAGAACAUGGAUCUUUAUUUUAAUAUUUGAGAAGAAGGGGAAAACUUAACGAGGAUGAAGCAGUGAAAUUUUUUAAGUAAACAUGUUUAGGAAUUUAAUAUUUACAUCAAUAAGAAAUAAUACAUAGAGAUUUAAAACCUGAAAAUAUAUUGUUGGAUCUCCAAGACAACGUAAAAAUAUGUGAUUUUGGUUGGUCAGCUGAAAAUCUAGGAUCAGUUAAAAGAAAUACUUUUUGUGGUACAAUUGAUUACAUGGCCCCUGAGAUGAUAGAAGAUAAACCUCACGAUUACACUCUCGACGUUUGGUGUUUAGGUGUAUUAUUAUAUGAAUUAUUACAUGGAUAUGCACCUUUUGAUGGUAAGAAUGAUAUUGAAAAGUGCUAGAAUAUAGUCAAAGCACAUUAUCAAAUUGAUGGGUCAUUGUCAAGAGAAGCUAAGGACUUAAUAUAAAGUUUAAUCACAUAUAAAUAAUAGGACAGACUCAGUUUAUCAUUAAUUUUAAAUCACAAAUGGAUUAAACUGCAUUCAUAAAAUCAUAUAAACGAAAUUAAGAAUGGAAGAACAAAAACUCAAAAUGCUUAUUCAAUCCAUUCAUAACCUUAAUAUCUUAAUAAAUCAACUGCAUCAUCACAAAAAUCACUCAUCAGACAUCAAAUUACAUCACAUGAAACUUAGAAUGAUAUAUCAAUUGAAAUGAAUGAUUAGAGAAUCAGUAGAAACUCUGAUCUAUAAAGGAAACAAUUUAGAUCAUAAACUUAAUAAUCAAUUGGAAAUGAAUCUUUUAUGCAAAAGGUUCUAGUGGCUUUAGGUUGUGUUAAAAGGGAAUAACCCUAUAAUAAAAAUUAUUGA